GAAAAAAAAAGAAAAAGAAGAAAAGAUGAUGAUAAUUCCUUCCCCAUCUUAGGCAGAUCAUAGUUUUCUACGACAGUAUUUAAUAUAGUUAUAUGUAUACAAGCUAAAAAUAUAUAUAUCUAUAUAUAUAUAUAUAUAUAUGUAUAGAUAUAUAUAUAUAUAUAUAUACAUACAUGUACAUACAUAUAUAUUUUUACACCGAUGUGUAUCCUUCCCUUCUAUAGAAAAAGAAGGCAAAGAAAAAAAGAAUGAGUAAAAGAAAAAAAGAGAAAGAAAAGAAACACGUAACACCGUCACCCCCAAUUUCCGUUUGUGAACAUAGUUUGCAAUAGUCAUUUCGAUUAAAACGUCACCAAUUACAGUAUUGCAAUAGUUUAUAAUAGACGAUCGUGUUUGUAGCUGAAUUUAAUAUCGUUCCCAAUAUUCGUGGCCUUCGUUCAAAGAAAAUUUCUUUUUGUGAAAGAAAACAAGAAAUGAAAACAACCAAUAACAAAAAAAAGAUCCUUCCAUUUUUUUAUAUAUAUGUAAUAAAACACGUCAAAAUAUUAUAAUAUUUAUUUGCGGUUGCUUCUUAAAGAAAAAGGAAGAAAGAGAAAGAGAUAAGAAAUAAAUAAAUGAAAUAAAAUGAACUAAAGUGAAAUGAAAUGAAAUUGAAUUAAAUUAAACAAAAAAAUUUAAAAAAAAAAGCAAAAAAAUAGAAGGAUCUCGAGAGUAAAACGAGUUAACGCAUGGCAAAGAUCGAGAGAGGGCUCGUGUAAUAACGUCAACGACUAACGGCAAAGAACGCGUUGAUGAGAGAGUAAAAAAGAAAGAGAAAGAUGAUAAGGAGGAGAAGAAGAAGGGGAUGAAAAAGGGGGAGGGACAAGAUCGUAAAGGGUCGAAUCGCGUGAACGCAUUCCACGUCUACGUGGCUUUUACGGUAUUAUAAACGCGGAUUAACGACGUCGUAAAGGCGCUUUAAGCCUUUUACGAAAUAUCCAACGAAAAAGAGAAAGAGAGAAAGAGAGAGUGAGAUAUAUAUAUAUAUACAUACAUACAUAAAAUGAUCGUUCUUUCUUCCUUUCACGAAUUCAGAAUCUCUCUCUGUCUCUCUCUCUCUCUCUCACACUCUCUCUCACUCUCUCUCUCUCUCUCUCUCUCUCUCUCUCUCUCUCUCUCUCUCUCUCUCUCUCUCUCUCUCUCCUUUUUCAUCCUUGAAGAUAAUGCAAAUGUAUUCGAGGGUGUCGACUCGCUGACUCGACCGAAAUCUCAGGACAGACUUCGUUAAAGAUAAAAAGAAAAAGAAAAUCGACAACGAACGAUGAGAAUCCUCGUUAUCGAUCGUUAUCCUUCGUGUUAUCGAAAGGAUUGAUCGAAAAUUGGUCAUUAAUAUCUUUUUCUUUUCUUUUACAUUUCUGUUCUUUUCUUGUCGUUUCGUUUCUUCUUUUUUUUUUCAUUUUUUAAUCAUUAUCAUUCUGCCAAGCGUUAAAAGAACUCGUUUACUUAUCUGGAUAACUAUACAUGCGAACACGAUAUUAUCGUGUAGGGAUAUGAACGUAAGGAUACGAUGAUAACGUUGCACUCAAGGUCAUGAAAAAAUGGGAACGUUGUUCAACGUCUCAGGUACUUAAUAAAACCGACACGAUAUAAUAAUGAAUGCAUUAUAUACAUAAAUGUAAUAACAAACUCAGGAAAUCAGAAGCAGCCAGGCCGUGAUACUAUUACUUAGAGAAAUUACUACUACUACAACUACAACUACUACUACUACUACUCUACUACUACUACUACUGCUACUACUACUAUUACUACUACUACUGCUACUACUACUACUACUACUACUACUCUACUACUACUACUACUACUACUACUACUACUACUACUACUACUACUACUACUACUGCAACUACCGCUACUACUAAUACUACUACAUAUGUAUAAGUCUUGUGUUAAUUGGACGACUGAGUCCAUUACUCUCUGUUUUGUUUAAUUUUUGUUUUGCGUUGUUUCUUGUUUGUUACAAAAAAGAAAAAACAAAAAAGGGAUCUUCUUUACAACAACCGAUAUGUGUAAAAGUGAUUUGAGAGAAAAAUAAGAAAGAAAAAUGAGAGAAAAAAUGCAAAGAGAAAGAGAGAGAAAGAAUGGGAAACAGCCAGAAAGAAAGAAACCGAAAAGUUAAAUGUAUUGAAAUCGCCAGUGCUACCUCCAUGUUAUAUUACAGAAAAAAAAACAAAACAAAACAAAAAAAGAGAGAAAGAUGAUAGACAAAAAAGAGAGACAGCAAGAAAGAAAGAAAAAAUUAAUGGAUAAUAAAAAUAUCAAGUCUUCUUCUCGCGCUAUACUUACACGCUCAUAUAAUAAUAUACAUAUUAACAUAUAACUUGAUUCUAUCAAUUAAUUAAAUUACAUAUUUCAAACGUGAAGUCGUAUAACAAAUAUACAAUAAACAAUAUACAUAUAUAUAUAUACACACAUUAUAUAUAUGUAUAUAUAUAUAUAUAUAUAUAUAUAUAUACACAUACACACGAUAUUUACACAUAGUCACGCGCGAGAUAAGAAAAAAAGUAUAGCUUCCACGGAUUUUAGGUUUAAGGGUUUGCUUCCUUGCACGAAACAGUCGAUUAAAAUAAAAACGAAUAAUUAAAAUAAUUAAAAAUUAUACUAAUGAAUACAUGUUUGGACACGUUUAAUCGGUUUUUUCCUUUUUUUUCUUUUUCUUUAAAAUAAUAAUUAAAAAUAAACCUGCCAGUCCGUUGUUUCUGAAAUUUUCAUUUCAUUUAAAGAAAAGAGAAAAAAGAGAAAAAAGAAGAAAGAAAGAAAGAAAACAAAAUCAUUUGAAAUAAAGUUUAACAUAGCAGAUUGUACACUGCCAAUAUAAAAUACAAAUAAACAAAUGAUAUAUAUAGCACUAUAUGUAUUCGGCUGUUCCGUGAUCGUGACAGUGCAGAAAUUCCAAAAUCGCAAUGCAAUAUGUUGUACUUAUGCACGAGUUUGUUUUUAACGAGUUAACUCGUCGAAAACACCGGUUAGUGAUUUUACCAUGAGCAUGGAAGAGAGAAAAAUAAAAGAGAAAGUAUGUAUGAAU